AUGACCCCACUCGUCCUGUUUGCGCUCGCCCUCUGUAUUUUCCACGGAUCGGAGUUCGCUCUGACAUUCUAUUACAACCCAUGGCUCUUGAGCUGGCCCUACUGCAUUGCCAUGGGCGCAUCCCUGGUCGAGGAUGGCCUGGAGAGGACCCUCAUGCCAUCGCUGAAGACAGGCACGCUGACCACCCGGCUAGGCCUCCUCAUGAUCGUGGCGGGGGAGGCCCUCCGCAAGACUGGCAUGGUUACGGCGACGCACAACUUCACGCACGCCAUUGCCAGCCAGAGGACUGAGAGGCACCGCCUCGUCACCCACGGCGUGUACGGAUACAUGAGGCACCCUGGCUAUGCGGGGUGGGCCCUGUGGGCCAUCGGCACCCAGGUCCUGCUGGCAAACCUCGUAUGCACUCCAGCAUUCCUGGUCGUGGUGUGGCGAUUCUUCAGGUCCCGAGUCGAGUACGAAGACGCGCUUCUGCUGUCCUUCUUCGGGCAGCAGUUCCAUGAGUACAAGGCCUCGGUGCCCAGUGGCAUCCUGGGCAUCCCCUGA